AUGGGGAGGGAGGGGAAGACCUGUCUCUGGCGGAAGCCACAAACCCGGGCAGCCUCAGCACCAGCUGAGUUUCAGAAAGCAGCAUUCAGAUUCUGUGAACUUUCUUCUAAGCAUCCUCUUUCAGAUUCCCCUUGGGGGUAAAAGAAGGGGCACAGGGACCACAGGACGGGAAACCACAGAAGAUGCUGGCCUGGGAUCCAGGAGACCUGGAAGAGGAGAGCCGGGGGAGGGGCAGAGCCGAGUAGGCAAUCUGUUCUGGAGCCAGCCAGCGAGCGAGCGGGGAUUCCAGGAGGAGAGAGGGAGACCCGUGUCUGCUGCAGAUUGAUGGCUGUGUCCUUGGAACAGAAGUGGAUUCUGCCUCCACCUGCUGAAUGCGGAACCACGAGGAGGCACCAGCUUGGAGAAGGAGCCAAAGCUCUCCUAGCUGACGCCUAGUCGUGUACCUCUAGUACCCAUGGCUCUUUCCAGCUCUGGUGACCUGGGCCAUGGGUGUUGUUUGGGAUCCUCCUCACCAUGAGGAACAAAGAGCAUCCCUGGGGAUUCCAGCAGCCACUGAGGCUAGAGAUUCAGACUUUCAGAAGGCCCAUGGAAUCCUGCUUCCUCCUGGGCUCCCUUCCCGAAGCUCCUACCCCAGGACCUCCUGGAACUCCACCCUGCUGGACCACAGAAGAAACGACCUCUGAGACAUCAAAUGCUGGAGGCCCAGGUGCAGCUCUGACUUCCUAAUCAGUCUCAGACCCAGACAGGGCUGAGGUUUCCUUAGAAGAAGUGCCAGGACCUUUAAAGGGCACCUUUCAUCUCUCCCUCGCCCUCCCUCCCACCUCUCAGACCUAGCACCAAGAGGAAGCACCCCACAGACAUGGGUGAGAGGGGCACAAAAGACCUGCAGGGACCCUCCCAGUACCUGCUGACAGCAGCUCCAGCUCCAUCCUGCUCUCCUUUCUUUCUCCAGUUUUGAUCAUCUUUUCAGACCCUGGGGGACCUUGGCUGGGUUUCUUGCCCCCUAGGCUCCAAAGGGGACUUCCUGUGGCUCUUGGGAAGUCCUUUGGUGCUUAGAGGUCCCCAGGAGACGUUUGGGCCAUGAUACCAUGUGCUCAGACGCCCCACUCUCAGGACCCAGGCCUCUGAUGUAGCCGCCGUCCUGCACACUGACUGUGGGAUCCACGGACACCAGCCUGAUGGGCUCCCUUCGGCACUGCCGCUGCCAGCUACCCAAGAUGGGUGACACCUGGGCCCAGCUUCCUUGGCCUGGACCUCCCCAACCAGCCAUGCUGCUGGUCUCCCUCCUUUUGGCAACUGGAGUGAUGCGCUCAGAUGCGGGAUCCAGCUGCCCGGUCCUUUGCACAUGCCAUAACCAAGUUGUGGACUGCAGCAGCCAGCGGCUAUUCUCUGUGCCCCCAGAUCUGCCGAGGGACACGCGCAACCUGAGCCUGGCCCACAACCGGAUCUCGGCCGUGCCGCCUGGCUAUCUCACAUGCUACAUGGAGCUCCGGGUGCUGGAUUUGCGCAACAACUCUCUGAUGGAGCUGCCCCCGGGCCUCUUCCUCCAUGCCAAGCGCUUGGCACACCUAGAUCUGAGCUACAACAACCUCAGCCAUGUGCCCGCUGACAUGUUCCGGGAGGCCCACGGGCUGGUGCACAUCGACCUGAGCCACAACCCGUGGCUGCGCAGAGUCCACCCCCAGGCCUUCCAGGGCCUGGUGCAGCUCCGAGACCUGGACCUCAGCUACGGGGGCCUGGCCUUCCUCAGCCUCGAGGCUCUCGAGGGCCUGCCGGGGCUGGUGACCCUGCAGAUUGGGGGCAACCCCUGGGUGUGUGGCUGCACCAUGGAACCCUUGCUGAAGUGGCUGCGGAACCGGAUCCAGCGCUGUACUGCCGAUUCUCAGCUGGCUGAAUGUCGGGGUCCCCCUGAAGUGGAGGGUGCCCCCCUGUUCUCACUCACCGAGGAGAGCUUCAAGGCUUGCCACCUGACUCUGACCUUGGACGAUUACCUCUUCAUCGCAUUUGUGGGCUUCGUGGUCUCCAUCGCUUCCGUGGCCACCAACUUCCUCCUGGGCAUCACAGCCAACUGCUGCCACCGCUGGAGCAAGGCCAGCGAAGAGGAAGAGAUUUGACGUAGGUGCCUGUCAUCCCUCCAUGCUGCCGACUGCCACUGCUGUUGACCACUGGUCACCCUCCCCAGCUGCCCACUCUGGUUCCAUUGUGCCCUGUCCACCUCAGCCAUGGUUCAGACAAGUUCUGGAAAACUUCAUGUGAGCAUCUCUGUCCACUUUGGGCCAGGCACUGUACUAGGAAGUGGGAAUGUAAAGAUGACUCCAACUCAGUCCCUGCCCUUGAGGCAUGAGCUUUGAGUAGAGGAGAGAAAUCCAGAAACUUUCCCUUUAUGACAAUACAUCAGUCCUCUGUGCACAUAGUUAUGGACGCCCAGAGGACAAGCCAACCGAGUCCAGGGAGAAUUGCAAGAGUGGACUGAUUUGUGAGAUGGGUCAUCAAAAAGUAUCCACUGUGUCAAGUAGACCAAGAAGGGUGGACAUGAGCAGAUGACAGAGGUCAGGAUACUUGUGGAAUACUGAGAGCAGUGGACCAUUCCUUGAGGUGUUAGCGUACACAGGGGUGUGGCACAGGGCCCAAACUUUCCCUCUGACACCCAACCUGUCUGCUCUCACUGCUGCCAACCAUUGCCCCUGGGGAGCAAGAAUGCCUCAUGCCAGCCCCUUGGCCUGCUCCUACCAGCAGCUACCAGGUGAGACCACUUCCCAGGGACUGCCCCCAAUAUUAUGCCACCAACUACAGCCCGCUAGUGAGGCCUGGGCAACAGGCUAAGGAUGGACACCCCCAGUGCCUGUCCUCCUACACCUGUCUUCUGCCUCUCACUCCGUCUUGGUUUCAGAAGAGGAAGGCAGGAUGCCCUGGAACUGGGCACCAAGAAUCCCGUCACCCUGAGACCCUAAUUCUGUGACUGUUCUUGCCGUGGUGCUCACACCAAGGGAAUCCCACCAGGAAAGUUCACGGUGAGCUACAGACCCAUAGCAUGACAGCCCCCAGGGCUGAAGGAGGACAAAGGCACCACCGUCGUGACCACAGGAGGGUUUGUAUUUUCUUCUCAGCAACUCGUCCAUGGAAGCAUUAGGGUAGGAGAGCUAUUGGUUACUGAGCCCUCACCAGUGUUAGGCACUGCGAUGUGGUGGUCUCUCCACAAACAGCUCCCUUUAGCACACGCAACGGUCUUUGGAGGAGAACAGUCCUUGUUCCCAUUUUACAGAUGAGGAAAUGCAGGCUCAGAGAGGUUAAAGUCGUGUGCUACUUCAUGAUCAAAACGAAGUCUGUGCUCCUGCUGCUGCCCCAUCCAAGUUGGGGAAGAGCACAGUUCCCUCCAAAGCUACAUGAAUUCGAACUCAAACUGUGCUGACAACAUGGCUAAAAGGGCCAGGCGUUCCUCCGGGAACUUUCGUAUCUAUUGACUCAUUUAUUUCAAUUCUCAGUAGCAACACUGCCUGGUGGGUGUCAUUAUUUCCCUUCUUCUGAUGAAUCCCUUGUCGAUGGCUGAGUCACUUACCGACGGUUAUCGGAUAAGCCCUAGAAGGAAGGUGAGAGCCAGCCCCGUUCAGGGAAACGAGAUCUAAUCAGUCAAUCAAAAAAAUCAAGUGACUGUGCAAAGCACAACUCACGUCGUCACUGUCGCCAUCUCCAUCCAAUCACCAGUUUCAUCGGCUUCAUCAUGAAUCUCCCCCAGAGAGUUCGGCACUGGAUGGUUCAGGAAGUGCUUUUGCAUCUUUCUCCUUGACUUUUCACAACCCUGUGCAGGAAGCAAACCAAACACCAAUAAUCCCAUAUUGCAGAUUGGAAAACAGAAGCUCAAGAUGGGUAGGACUUGCCUAAAUGGCAAGGUUGGACUCAACUCCAAUAUGGUUCUCUCUCCAGUGCUCUCCCAGGUACUCGGGAAAGAGAACACCUUGGCGGUCUGGAAGGUGAGGCCCUGGGGUUCAGCAGUCAUGAACGUGCUAGUUUUUGUGGCCUUCGUGGUCUCCAUCACUAGUAAAUCAAGUCAAAUAAAGGGACAGAUCAAGAUAUGCUCCACAGUGAAGCACAUCGCAGCCUUUUAUGUAUACAGGUAGCACAGGUAACACUUAAACAGGAGAUACCUGCUUUACAAAGUGCCAAUAAAGCAUUAGAUCUGUUGUGUAAAAAGUAUGGUCUUUGGAAAGCAGGAAAACAAGCUGUACUAUCCACUCCUAAUGAAAUCCCGGUGUAUUGUAUAUCAGGAGGUACCAAGAGAGCAGCAAAAACUAUAGGUGGGAACCUUUGCAGAAUGGGGAAAUUUUAAAGCACAAUCCAACAUGUGGGCACAGCUGGCCAGGGUGAAAAUGAACAUAGGGGCUUUCUACCUUGCCCUUAGUCCCAGCAGGUUUUCAUCAUCCCAAACUCUUGGUAGCCCUGAAAUGGAUUAAGGAGGACAUAUCAUCUUCCAAGAAGUCUCCCACCAUGCAUCUGCCCUGAGCUAGUCAAAUCAAAAUAGUCCCUAUGAACUUGAACCUGUGUCAUCUGGGUCUCACUUAUACCAUCUGAGGGAGUCCUGCCCCUCUGACAUCUGAAGCAAAACUGCGUCCUGUUCUCUCCUUCCACUAUGGCCAAGGAUGGUGGACUUAAGUUGUUCCUCGGUCAAGAACAGCUGAAAAGUAUUUGGAGAAGAACUUUUAGAAGUAAUGGUCAUGACCAAAUAGUUAAGCUUCUCAUAGAGGAACACCGUAGUCAUCUAUAAUAAUCUCCUGGGGACUGUGGUUUGCUGAAAUAUAGUUAAUAUAUUUUAAGAUAUGUACUUUU